AUGUCCACGAACCGCCCCUUCCUGGCGAACUUUUUAGCCGCCUUCCGCGCCCAGUCAACCUACAAAGCAUCAACCGCCGGCUCGCAAUCUGCCACGGGCUCAUCUUCGCUCUCCUCAUCCCAGAUUUCCCAGGGUGCCCGGGCAAUAGCGACAAAAGCCGCCUCGGCAGCAUCGUCAUCAUCACAGUCAUCGCCAUCCCCUUCCUCCACCUCCACCUCUACAAACGCACAGUCGUCGGCCGAAUCGUCAACACACCACUACCACCAUCACCAUCACCACCACCAGGCCCCAAGACCACACUCACACACUCGCUCCCCGCUAAGCCAACCCCAGCACUCUGCAGCACCAGAGUCCUCCCCGCCACCGACGUCCUCGUCAACGCCGAUCCCGAUAGCCAAUAGCCGACCGGACCGCCAGCGCCGCGGCAGUGAUAGCUCUAGCGGCUCAGGCGGGUUCCGAGAUGCCCUGGGUCCGGAGAAGUGGUAUAUCGGCGGCCGGACGGCAGCUGGUGAGGAGAGGUUUUACCGUCUCGGUAUGGUGACCAAGGGUGGUGGUCGACUGGGAGGGAGUGGCAGGGUAGGGAGCAUUGACCAGCUGAGUCUGUGA